ACACUAUCCAAAACAUGCAGAAUUUGAAAACCAAACUUUCUCAAUUUGUUUUAUUGGUCAAUUUCAACUUUCCUUCAAAAAAUGGCUUCUUCCUCAAGCUCACUGUUGAAGAGAUCAGAUACAAUUACAGAGAGCAUGCCAAAUGCUUUGAGGCAGAGCCGCUUCCAUAUGAAGAAAUGCUUUGCCAGAUUAGUUGCAAGUGGGAAAAGGUUAAUAAAACAGCAUCAUAUAAUGGAGGCUGUGGUUAAAACAGUUGAAGACAAGGAUGAGAGGAAACAGCUUUUAGAAGGGCUUUUGGGUUUCAUCAUCAGUUGCACUCAGGAAGCAGCUGUUGUUCCACCAUAUGUUGCUUUUGCAGUGAGGCCUAAUCCUGGCUUCUGGGAAUUUAUUAAAGUGAAUGCAGAUGAUUUGCAAGUAGAAGGUAUUGAGGCUCCAGAAUACUUGAAAUACAAGGAAAUGGUGUUUGAUGAGAACUGGGCAAGUGAUGAAAAUGCUUUGGAGAUGGAUUUUGGAGCUAUUGAUUUCUCCACACCUCGCAUGGCUCUUUCUUCUUCUAUUGGAAAUGGACUAAACUUUACUACCAGGGUCUUGUCCUCAAGGUUAAGCGAGAGCUCAAAUUGUACAAAUCCAUUGCUUGAUUACUUAUUGAGCCUUAACCAUCAAGGAGAGAAUCUUAUGAUCAAUGACACUUUGAAUACCAUACCGAAGCUUCAGAGAGCACUAAAGGUAGCAGAAACAUAUGUAUCUGCACACCCUAAAGACACACCAUACCAGAACUUUGAAAACAGGUUAAAAGAAUGGGGUUUUGAUAAAGGGUGGGGGAACACUGCAGGAAGGGUUACAGAGACAAUGAGAAUGUUUUCUGAGGUACUAGAGGCAGCAGACCCAGUGAAAUUGGAAUCACUUUUCAACAGGCUUCCAAACAUGUUCAACAUAGUCAUUUUCUCUAUUCAUGGUUACUUUGGUCAAGCAGAUGUCCUAGGAUUGCCAGAUACUGGAGGCCAGGUGGUAUAUAUUCUUGAUCAAGUAAGAGCAAUGGAGGAGGAGUUACUCCUGAGGAUGGAGCUGCAAGGCCUAAAUGUGAAGCCCCAGAUUCUUGUGGUUACUCGUCUUAUACCAGAUGCCAAAGGGACCACCUGUAACCAAGAACUGGAACCCAUCAUCAACACUAAGCACUCCCACAUUCUAAGGGUCCCUUUCUAUACAGAGAAGGGAAUUCUACGCCAAUGGGUGUCCCGUUUUGAUAUCUACCCUUAUUUAGAAAGAUUUUCUCAGGAUGCUACUACCAAGAUUCUUGAACUCAUGGAAGGAAAGCCUGACCUGAUUAUUGGGAAUUACACUGAUGGAAACUUGGUGUCAUCCUUAAUGGCUUCAAAACUUGGAGUAACUCAGGCAACCAUUGCUCAUGCUUUGGAGAAGACCAAGUAUGAGGAUUCAGAUGCCAAAUGGAAAGAUUUUGAUGAAAAGUAUCACUUUUCAAGUCAGUUCACAGCUGACCUAAUUGCAAUGAAUGCUGCUGAUUUCAUCAUAACUAGCACAUUCCAAGAGAUUGCAGGAAGCAAGGAUAGGCCAGGACAGUAUGAAACCCACACUGCAUUUACUAUGCCUGGACUUUGUCGCGUGGUCUCAGGCAUCAAUGUGUUUGAUCCAAAGCUCAACAUUGCUGCCCCAGGAGCUGAUCAAUCUGUCUACUUCCCUUUCACCGAGAAAAAGCAAAGAUUGACCACAUUGCAUCCUGCCAUUGAAGAACUACUUUAUAAUAAGGAUGACAAUGAAGAACACAUAGGAUAUUUGGAAGACAGGAAGAAACCAAUCAUCUUCUCCAUGGCUAGGCUUGACAAAGUGAAAAACCUUAGUGGCCUAGUUGAGUGGUAUGCAAAGAAUAAGAGGCUGCGGAGUUUGGUGAAUCUUGUGAUUGUUGGAGGAUUCUUCAAUCCAUCCAAAUCCAAGGACAGAGAGGAAACUGAAGAAAUCAAGAAGAUGCAUUUCUUGACAAAGGAACACAAACUCCAGGGUCAAUUCAGGUGGAUUGCAGCGCAGACCGAUCGGUACCGCAACGGAGAGCUCUACCGGUGCAUUGCGGACACAAAGGGAGCUUUUGUGCAACCAGCAUUGUAUGAGGCCUUUGGCCUCACAGUCAUUGAGGCCAUGAACUGUGGAUUACCUACUUUUGCAACAAAUCAAGGUGGCCCAGCAGAGAUUCUAGUUGAUGGGGUCUCAGGUUUUCAUAUUGAUAUCCACAAUGGAAAUGAAUCAAGCAACAAGAUUGCUGAUUUCUUUGAGAAGUGCAAGACUGAUUCUGAAUAUUGGACCAGGAUCUCAAAAGCUGCUCUUCAGCGUAUCAAUGAAAGUUAUACAUGGAAGAUAUAUGCAAACAAAGUCUUGAGCAUGGGAUCAGUUUAUGGGUUUUGGAGAAAGCUGAACAAGGAGCAAAAGUUGGCAAAGGAAAGAUACAUCCAAAUGUUCUAUAAUCUUCAAUUCAGGAACUUAGCAAGAAAGGUACCAAUUCCAAGUGAGGCACCCGAGGAUCCUAAAUCAAUGUCAGUAACUGCAGCAAAAAAACAAACAGCUGAAGUGCAACCUAACCCCAAGGUCUUGAAACCCGAAGCUGCAGCAUCUCAAACCCUAUUAGCAGCACCAACACAGCCAAAAAUUCAAUAUAAUCCAACCACAAGGGAUGAAACUUCAAGUCAGGGACUAGCAGUUUCUAAGCAAAGUGGUGGUGUUUGCAGCUUUGGACUAUGUUGGUUGGUUUCUAUAAUUGCUAUAGUGUUCAUAAUUCAUCAGUUCUACAAGAAUUUGGACCGUGUGUUUACAUGGGAGAAAUAAUGUUUUAGAUGGAACUGCAAUCAAAUGGUAAUUGUGGUUGUAACUCAAUUUGGAUAUUUACCUUUGUAUUUCAAUCUUAUUGUAAAUGAUUUUAGUAGGAAAAUAAGAGGUGCCAUUUCAAUGGUGCACGUUGCAAUUAGUGUUAUGUGAUUGUGAAGUCAAAAUAUUAACAAAUUCUAUUUCACAUGGCUGAUUCAUCAUGCAACAAUACAACAUGUCUUUCUUCAUAUAUCAAAAAUGCUAAAUUAUGAUUCUUAUU